UUCCCUCUCGUCCCAUCUUUAGCUCAAGAAGCGCAAAGACCACAACCCACACCGCACCGCCCGACAACGACUGUCCUAGCAACCCUCAGCUGAGCGACAAAGAGACAUAUACACACAAACAUGGCGGUGCGAGAAAGUACGCCGCCGGCGCCAGCGAGUCCCGGCUCCUCCGCUGCCGGAUCGCCACCCGGAAGCGCAACCAAAAAGGACUUUGUCAAGGAACAGUCCACCGCUGAUGACGAUGCGGCCUCCUUUGCCGAGCACAACGCCGGUCCCGAGCUCAAGCGCAGGCUCAAGUCUCGCCAUUUGCAAAUGAUUGCCAUUGGUGGUACUAUUGGUACUGGUCUCUUCAUCGGUUCUGGCAGUGCCCUCGCCAAGUCGGGCCCUGCUGGCGUCCUCAUCGGCUACUGCUUUAUCGCCUCCAUUGUUUACAGCAUCAUGAUGUCCCUCGGUGAAAUGGCCACCUACGUCCCCGUUACCGGCGGUUUCACCACGUACGCGGCUCGCUUCGUCGACAGCUCUCUCGGUUUCUCCAUGUCGUGGAUCUACUGGUUCUCCUGGGCCAUUACCUUUGCGCUCGAGCUGGUCGCUACUGGUCUGAUCAUUCAAUAUUGGGACGACUCUCUGUCCAUCGGUAUUUUCAUUGCCAUCUUCUGGGUCGUCAUUUUCGUCAUCAACCUGUUCCCCGUGUCCUGGUACGGCGAGGCUGAAUUCUGGAUGUCCUCUGUCAAGGUCAUCACCGUCCUCGGCUUCCUCAUCUUCGGCAUCUGCAUCAACGCCGGCGCCGGUCAGCAGGGCUACAUUGGCUUCAAGUACUGGCACGAGCCGGGUGCUUUUGCUCCCUACAUUGUUGACCCUAGCCGCCCUGUCGCCAAGUGGGUUGGUUUCUGGUCCGUCAUGAUCCAGGCCGGCUUCUCCUUCCAGGGCACCGAGCUUGUCGGUAUCGCUGCUGGCGAGACCGAAGACCCGCGCCGCAACGUCCCCCGUGCGAUCCGCAUGACCUUCUACCGUAUCUUCCUCUUCUUCAUCAUGACCGUCUUCUUCAUCGGCAUCCUCAUCCCGUACGACAACAAGGACCUGAACAAUGGCGGCUACACCGCGGCUGCCUCUCCCUUUGUCAUUGCGGCCCAGCUCGCCGGCGUCAAGGUCCUACCCGACAUCAUCAACGCUGUUUUGCUUACUGUCGUCCUCUCUGCCGCCAACUCCAACGUCUACUCGGGCUCUCGUGUCCUCGUCUCCCUCGCCAACGACGGCAUGGCCCCCAAGUGGUUCAAGAUGACCACCAAGUCCGGCGUCCCCUAUAUUGCCGUCAUUUUCACCUCGGCGUUCGGUUUCCUCGGCUUCCUCAACCUCUCUCCCAACGGCAGCCAGGCCUUCGACUGGCUUCUCAACAUUUCGGGCGUCGCGGGUUUCAUCGCCUGGUCCGGCAUCCUCAUCGCCCACCUCCGCUUCAUGAAGGGUCUUGAGGCGCACGGCAUCCCCCGCUCCAAGCUGCCCUAUCGCGCCACCUGGGCCCCUUACUACGUCUACUACGCCCUGUUCUUCUGCAUCUUGAUUACCCUGACCCAAGGCUUCACCGCGUUCAUGCCCUGGAGCGUCGAAGAAUUCUUCGUGGCGUACGUUUCGCUCAUCCUUUUUGCUGUCAUGUACCUGGGCCACAAGCUCUACACCCUCAUUGUCCACGGCGCUGCGGCGUGUAAGCCGGUCUCUGCCAAGGACAUGGAUGUUACUACUGGGUCUUUGGAUCUGGAUGCUGAGAUCCCCGACGAGGUUGAGGAGCCUACGAGUAUCUGGAAGAAGAUUGGAACGGGUAUUAUGGGUUAAGGGGAUGGUAUAAUGGAAGGAUUGAUGUACGUUAUGGGUUACGAACGAUGGAUGAGGAGUGGAUUGGAUAUGAACAGGGAACGAUGGAACGGGCAUAUACACCAUGCCUUGUAAUCUGUAUUUACACAAGCGUCUUAUGUUGAAUUUUCAUUUUUCUGGAUGUACACUCAAAAAAGAAGGCGGCGGUGUUACAUAGAAUGAUACCCCGGUGCAGCUUAGACAAAAAAGAUAGUAAUUUACUGCAUGAUUCGAACG